UCUAUAUCGAAAUAAAACGAGGAAGAGAAAGGUGCGUUAGCGAGAAUACAGACCGCACAGUUACUGUAGACUGUUAUAUGUUCGUGUCUUUAAUCAAACAUUGACUAAGAGAGCGUCGCGACCGUGUUGUUUUUACGGGGAAAUCAGGAAUCAUUCCGCUUCCCAAUGAAAAAAAAAACUGAACGGAAGUUGAACUGGUAGGCCCUCUGUGUGUCGGGGUCAUCUUCCCCUCAACUGUUGUCUGGUGGUAACUGUACAGUAGAAGACUAAAACUUCCAAAGGGUUUGACCAUUAUCCGGAGUUGUGAUAAGCACCGCCCCUCUGGAUCAAAUCUAUUGAAAGUGGUCCAGUCUGUUUUCUGUGGUGGGGCUAAGCGAAGGGAGCAGUAUCCUAUCACUACCUGUUUCCCAGGCAAUGAAGCUGCAGGCGGUGAUGGAGAACCUGCACAGACAGCACAGAGCCAAACUGCUGAUGGAGCAGGCGGGGCUGUCGCACAACCCCAUCACCACAGGGGAGGAGCUUAAGGUGUACCCCACCUCCGACACAGAGCAGGCUCAGAUGGCGACGUUGGCAGCCAUGCGGGCAGUGGCUGCUGGACUUCAGAGGGCCGGCAGCCCCAUGUCUGAACGCAGCAGUGUAGGAGAGGAAAAUGAUGAAGAGGAGGAGGAAGAGGACGGAGAGGAGCAAUACAAUAAUAUGAUGGGGUCUGAAGAGGAAGAUCAAAUAAAGCAGAAAUGGGAUGAAGAUGAUUUUGAGGGGGAGAUGGAGGAGGACUAUGAUGAUGAUCUGGGUGAUGAAGGAUUUCCGUCAGGUCGUGAGGCUGUCACCCCGGGCAGAGGCAUCCUCUUAUUACCCCACCGCCGUUUAAACCCUCACUCCCAGUUGCUAAAAGCUCGGCCCAGUUCUGAAACUGAACCGUGGGUGUCAACUCACCCUGCUCAUUCGUCCCACGGACCUCUCCAUGGGCAGGACCAUGCAGACUUGACCUAUGAAGAGCAGUUCAGACAGCUCUAUGAACUGGACAAUGACCCAAAGAGGAAGGAGUUCCUGGAUGAUCUGUUCAGCUUUAUGCAGAAAAGAGGGACACCAGUGAACAGGAUCCCCAUCAUGGCCAAGCAGGUGCUGGAUCUUUACAUGCUAUACCAGCUGGUGACUGAGAAGGGGGGGCUGGUGGAAGUCAUAAAUAAAAAGUUGUGGAGGGAGAUCACGAAAGGGCUGAACCUGCCGACCUCCAUCACCAGUGCUGCCUUCACUCUCAGAACACAAUAUAUGAAGUAUCUGUAUCUUUAUGAAUGUGACAAGAGAAGCCUCAGCAAUCCCAAUGAGCUCCAAGUGGCCAUUGACAGUAACCGGCGUGAGGGACGCAGGCAGGGAUUCGGUAGCUCGCUCUUCACCUACUCGCCCAACGGAACGCCUACCAUGCUGUCCUCUCCCAAACUCUCUUUGCCACAUAUGGGCAUCACUCUGCCCAGCAACGGAACCUCUCUCUCAUCCUUACAGAAAUUUAAAAAGGAUGACAAUGGAGUUCAGGCUCGUCUGCCUGUGUCUCUAGCCAGUCACUCAGUAGCUGCGGCCCAGGCUGCGGCUGCACAGGCAGCCACCAUCGCACAGUUAGCUGCACUAGAGCAGCUGCAGGAGAAGUUGGAGUCGGGGGAACCACCGGAGAAGAGGAUUGCACUGCCACUGCAGGAACACCAGCGACUCAUGCAGAGAGCCUUGCAGCACAACCUGCUGGCCAUGACAGCACAGAUCCCCAUGAACAUACGCAUCAACAAUCAAGAGAGCAGUCCAGACUCUGCCUUGAACUUGACCACCAAUGGCCUCAAUAGCAUCAGCAUGUCAUUGGAACUUAAUGGGGUCGUCUACACAGGUGUACUCUUCGCCCAGGCCGUGGCACCAACCUCAUCAGGGGUAUCUAAUAUAUGUUCCACAGGCAACAAUGGACCUCAAUCGGUUCUCCACACGCCUACCUCAUCCUCCUCCAACAGCCAAUCACCAUAGCCCCUCAGACUCUCAACCCUCUCAGUGCAAAACCAAAGCCAAAAUGCCUCAGUUACUACAGAAGAUAUCCCUAAAAAAAACCAUGCAGGAAUAACUGAAUCACUCUGAACUUGAAGUACACUAGCUCAGGUCUUUUAUUUACACUCUCCUGUGUUCAGGAGCCAAAAGAAAUCUAAAAUAACAACAGAAUUUAUUAUAAAGGUAGUGAUUUAUAAUGUAUAUGCAAAACUUGUGAAUAAUUUAAUUCUCUUUCUGCGAGCACACUGUCUGGCGUAAAAUAAAUCAGCAGUGUCGAAUUCUGCUUUAUAGGGUUUUAUAGUCUGACUGACAUAAGCUUUUCGUCUAUAGGAUAAAUCUUAACAAUACUUUUAUUCUUAUAACUUGUGAUGCAAACAGCUUAAGGGUCUGAACUAAUAAUAUAUUAUUGUACAUUUUAUUUUCUCUGUGUAUUUAUCUGCAGUGCCUUGUGAAGGUUUUAUUGUCAGCACAGUUUGAAUGCGCUGUUGUUGACAGGCAAUGUCUGAACUUCAUGAUGGUCUGAAGAUUAUUAUUAUUAUCAUUUUUGUAACCUUUGUUGAUGAGUAUUCAACAUUUCAAUUUCCCAUCUCAGAUGUCUACACUGCGAUAGCGAUAAUGAUCGUAAUAUCAGUGAUUUGAACAUUCAGGUUAAAGAAAGUCAAAAGAAAACUAUUAUGAGGAAAGAUAGGCAUGUGUUUUUAACCAGUUUUUCAUGUUUCAUGUUUGUUUACGUUUGCUUCUCCAUUGCGACUGGCAAACUCCAUGAGCCACUCGAAGGGGGCUGGGGCGUUGCAGAGCUCGAACGGCAUGACUCUGAACUGCCACAGUCUACCAACUAUUCUUCUUGGCCCAUAGUGGCUCUAAAGUAGAUGUUGAACGAGGUCAGAUGUUGUUUUACAUCAUUUUUGAGCUUUCACUCAGCUAUUUUCAAAAAUCACAGUUUGACAAUUAACAAGACAGUAUAAUAAUAGAUUUACUUUAUGAUUUGAACUAAUGACCAAAAACAAAAAAAGCAGGAAUCUGUGAAAAUUAUAAAUAUGAUAUUGGAUUGUUUAAAAGUGACUAUUGGUUAGAGCAGAAUUAUAUUAGAUUAGAAGGAAGUGGUUUCCUGUGUUUAGGAAUAUUAUAUCACAACCUUCAGGGAUGUUUUUGAUCAUUUUAAUAAUCACCUGUUCCGGCCAGUGAGAAGGUCUUGUUCUUGUCAAAGUGUAGCUCUAAUUCAUAAAUUAUGUCAAACUUCUCUAGCAUUACACUGUAUGCAAGGUCAAAAUGCCCAUUUGGUGGGCGUAUAGGGGUAAAACAUCUUUUGAAUGACAGAGCAACUAUUCUCUGAGCUGAUAAGAAGUUUAAAACAAUCUUAGGGAGAGUUGGUUAAGGCAUUGGGAAAUUGGGUUUGUCUGGAACAGCUUCCACCAAUUGCAGGGACAGUUUUCUUUGGAGCAACUUGAAGUUAAAUGCUAUGAUCCCUCCUUACUUGGGAUCAGAUCCUUAACCAUUCAGCUAUCGCCAUCUCUCUCUUAUUAUAAUGCUUUUCACUGAGGUACUCUUGAAACCACUGCAUAACACUUCCUUAUUACUUUACAAGGACCACCUUGGUGGUAGCUGUACAAAUAAGUGUAGAAAGUGUGAACGUUUCUAUCUGUAUUUUGUAUUGUACAUUUCAUUACAGUUUUAUAUAUUAAGAAUCAUCAAUAUACCAUAACUAAAACUCUGCCAGUACUACCAGAAUGUCUCUACCUCAAAGACUCAAAACCAGUUGCAAACCUUCCCAGCUUUUCACAUCAAAUUUACAACAGUGUGAUGUAGAACUGGAUGGCCACAUUUAUGCCACAUUAAAUUUAACUCGGAUGUAUUAGCCAUGAUAUCUUUUAAAGCCUCUUUUUGCUCUUAACUGUAAAAACAGAUGUUUAAUCUGCCUACCUUUAGAAGGAAGAUCCUCAACUUUAGAGUGACCGAUUUUUGUCAUUUUGAUGGCCUGUAUGCAGUUUGUUUUGAUCAUGCAGUCGAUUGUUCAUAGAAACAAUACUGUUACCACACGGAGUAAGGAAAAUAUACAACACCUGAAAUUCAAAAUUUAAAGCAGUUUGUAACAAUGAGAGGGGUGUGUUUUACUCUGAUGUAUGCAAAGUUUUGACAAAGAAAAAAAUAGUGCUGAUGUAGUCAGGUUUAUUGCAAAGACAACCAAAAUUGCUGUACAAUAAAGCAUGCAAACCUUUUAGCUAUUAUUGCAGGAUGCCUUAUGAUUUGAUCAUUUCUCUGUAGAGCUUAGUGUCACACUAAAAGUAAUGUGACUCACUUUUCCAAUGCAUAAACAGCUGUGAAAUUUAGGUUUUAUGUUAAAACAAGGCAUUUGUCGUCUUCUCAGGAAAUACACUUCUACCUCUAGUUACCCAGAUUUGUUCAUCCUAGUGCAGUAGUUACAGUGCAUGUAACAUUUAUUCUACCUUUUUGUAAUGAUAAUACAAAAUGGUUUCCUUGGCACACUUACUCAAGUUUUUAUUAAUAUUGUUAUUAUUAAUUGCAGAUUCAACCAGUAUAUUAUAGACGACUUCUUUUUUCAAACUUAAUAUCUCUUCCCUAUGUGUGUGCUUUUUAGUUUUUCUUGAUUUGUUUGGACUAAAUGGAAAAUUUCUCCUAGCACAAGAGACUCAGGAGAGCCCAGAUUUUGAUUUUGGCACUGAGUGUCAUACCGAUGCUACAUUGUGUGCAUUUCCCCUCAUGCGUUUAUAAAACUUUUAAAUUGCAUAGUGGCAACCUUUUGACUGCUUAUCUUAUGGGGUGAAGGACAAAGACAAUCGUAACCUAUUUAAUCUAUUCUUUGUUUGUGUGAAUAAUUAACUUUAUUUUGAAUAUAUAUAUAUAUAUAUAUAUAUCUCAAUAUGUAAUUUGGGGGAUGGGAAAUCCAAAGAAUGUCCACAUAUGCUGUUAUGGCCUGACUGUUAUGGAUUCAAACUAUUUUGGAGAUGAGAUAUCAACUCUACCUCUCCCAAUCAGAAUGCUGAUAACCCAGUAAAAUUGACUGUCUACCAAAACAACAAACCUGUUCACCUCAACACACAUGUAAAAUAAAUGUUGUUAACCGUUGAGCUGAUGUGUUCUUUUAACUGAAUUUUGAAUCAUUCUAUGCCUUUUAAUGGUAAUUAAAGAGAAUCAAUUUGGGUGUGACUUGCUUUCUGCUGUGUUUUAGUAUGUUAUUGCUCUGUUAAAAAAGUUCAUGUUGAUGAGUUUUGAGGUUUCAGAGUUUGCUAAAUUAACUCUUGAAGUUUACAUUUUAUUGUCAAGCGUCAGAUUUUUCAGUGUUUUCUUUUCAGCUGU